AUGUGUGAUGGAGGUGGAUUGGUACUAAAUCGAUUAAUUGGUACCCAAGAAAUGGAUAUUUUGAACCCAUUCAUAUUGUUAGAUGAAAUCGAUAGCACAUCACCCGAAGAAUAUUCAUAUGGAUUUCCUUGCCACCCACAUCGUGGUCUUCAAUUGGUUACAUAUAUGCUAGAGGGUGAAAUGGCCCAUACUGAUUCAUUGGGAAACAACGAAACAUUAAAAGAAGGUGAUUUGCAAUGGAUAUUAGCAGGAAAAGGCAUUUACCAUUCAGAGAUGCCAGUAAUAAAGAACGAAGAUAAUAAACUAUGGGUAAUACAUUAUUGGGUAACAUUACCAAAGCAACACAAAAUGAUCAAUCCAGAUUAUCAACAUAUAUCCUCAUCAAAGGUACCACAAAUUAAAUAUCAACGAGGCAAUGCUUCAUUCGAAAUCAAAGUUAUAUCGGGCCACUAUGAAAACUAUAAAUCACCUCUAAAUAGUAUUGGAAUAACACCAAAUGUAGUGGAUAUAAAAAUGCAGUUUUUAGUACCAUCCAUAAACCAAGAUCAACUAUUCUCUGAACCAAUUAGCAUCAAUCUAUGUGGUAAUUCAAAUUCAUUCAUCCUAGUCCUAAGUGGUUCAAUCUCCAUCAAUCAAUCUAAAUUAAUUGACCAAGGUCAUUUCAUUGUAUUUAAUAAUAAUAAAAAUUCAAAAAAGUUCAAAGAGUCCGAUGAAUAUGACGAUAUUAAUAGUACAGAAUUAGUCCAAGAAGAUAGAUUAAUACAAAUUACUUCAAAUAACAAUUUUAGAAUAAUGUUUUUUUCAGCAGAGAUUUUAAAUGAACCAAUUGUAAAGUUUGGACCUUUUGCAAUGAAUAGUAUUACCGAAAUUCAUCAAUGUUUUAUUGAUUUUAAAGGUGUUUAA